AUGGCAAAGCCUUCGCCGGUGAAGAUACCAACCACAACUCUAGAUGACUAUGCCCACAGUCCAUUCCAUUACGCCGUCGUUUUAGGAGACCACGCAGGUUUAACCUGUCUCGUCUCGUCCUUGCCUAAACUAACCGAGCCGGAACAAAUCCACACGGAGUCCGACUCGAUAAGCCAAGAGCGAGUCGCCGAGAUAAUCUCCGCCGUCAUCGACCGCCGCGACGUUCCGUUCCGAGAAACGCCUCUCCAUCUAGCGGUGCGCAUCGGCGACGUUUUCGCCGUGAAGACGAUAUCCUCCGCCGGCGCUGAUGCCGCGCUUCGGAACGUCGCCGGCGGGAACGCCUUGGACGAGGCGGUUUGCCGCGGGAACGCCGAGAUCACGGAGAUUAUUCUCCGGCAUCAGCGGCGUUCGGGUUGGUGCAAGUGGAGACGGAGGCUGCCGUGUCUGAUCGCGGUUCUUGGCCGCAUGAGAGACUUCUACAUGGAGAUAUCUAUCAGCUUCGAGAGCUUCGUGAUCCCGUUCUUCGGGAAGGUCGCUCCUUCCGAUACUUACAGGAUAUGGAAACAAGGCGGAGAUCUACGCGCUGAUAUGUCGUUAACCGGGUUCGACCGGUUUAAAAUUCGACGCGCGAACCAGAGCUUUCUUUUCUUAAGUGACGAUGACGUGUCUAGUAGUCCCGGUACGUUGCUUGUGUUGAACAGAGAAGAGAAAACGAUACUAAACGCGUUUGAAAACGCGGGUGAGACGGUUAGCGAGAGAGAGAUGGAUGUUACGAAAGCAGAGGUUGUUGUAAUGAAGAACUGGCGAGGGAAAGAGAAGGUUGAGACCGUUGGAGAGUGGAAAGCGAAACGUUACGAGAUCAAGAACGUGAGUUUCAGUUUAAAGUCGCCGAAAGUUGUCGUCGCCGCCGGAGAAAUAGAGCAGAACUCGCCUUCGUUAAUGAGGCAGCUCAGUUGUACUAACGUGGAGGAUAAAGAAUUUGAGCCGUCGUCGUCGUCUUCUCAGAGGAGGAGAAAGUCGGUUUCUUUACCGGUGGCGGCUUCUGUUCCAAGGAUCAAAGAGAAGGAGACUGUAAAGAGCUUGAGUCCUUCGGUUUGGUUAACGAAUGAUUUUCCUUUGACGACGGAGGAGCUGCUUCCGGUUCUUGAUAUUUUAGCCAUUAAUGUUGAAGCCGUUCGGAGAAUGACGGAGCUGCUCACCGUUAAGUUCCCGGCGGGAACUUUCCCGGUAAAGAUGUCGAUACCGGUGAUCCCAACGGUGAAGGUAGUCAUAACAUUCAGCAAGUUCGUGGCUCUCCAGUCGAUGGAUCAGUUCUACACACCAGUGUCAAGCCCGAGCCACAUCUCAGCUGGAGUCGAAGACCAAUGCGACGUGGAAUCCGAUACAAGAACCUCAACUUCAAGGCGAUCAUUUUCAACACCCUCUUGGCUGAGACUGAAGGCUACCAAGAAAAGCUUACAGCGACGGUUGAAGAAGGAGCAGGCACAAAUGGUGGAUCCAUUUGCAAUACCAGCAGGGUAUAAGUGGACGAGCAAGUCAGACUAA